AUGCAAACAGCGCUGCAAAGAUUAGCAUUUUCUGAAUCAGAAGGACGAUACUCUAAGGGUAGCCAAAUUACGUUCUGCGAAUUAUACGUUAUCCAUGUCGUGUCAGAACUCAGUCCUGCGGCCUCGUACUGAGGGGUUUCAAGUUGUUGGACAGUAGCGAUAUUGGAUAAUGAUGCAGGACUAAAGGUGAUAGCACCAAUAUCUGUAAGAAGACCAGAGUUAGAAGCAGUAAAUAACAGAGUAGAGAGUAGACGGCCAAUAUCAAGCGUCUGCAGACAGGCGCCGCUCGCUGCGUCCCAGACCUUAACGGUGUUGUCAACCGACGCCAACGCCAGUCGCGUUGAGUCGUGAGAGAAGGCCACCGAGCUAACCUAACCGCUGUGGCCCUCAAGCGUCUGCAGACAGGCGCCGCGCCGCUCGCUGCGUCCCAGACCUUAAUAGUCUUAUCAUGCGACGUUGACGCCAGCCGCGUUAAGCCGUGAGAGAAGGUCACCGAGCUGACCCAACCGCUGUGGCCCUCAAGCGUCUGUAGACAGGCGUCGCUCGCUGCGUUCCAGACCUUAACAGUGUUGUCGUCCAACGCCGACGCC